AUGCGGCGGUCUUUUAGAUCAAAACUCUUAUACGCUUGCGCAUGGGCUGCUCCCGUCUUCUCCGUCGCACUCCCAAGCCAAGAUCAUCGUGAGGUUACCCGGCCACAAGGCAAGCUCUUACAGUUAGACUUCCAGCAAAACUACGCGCAAGCAACCUUCAAUGUCCCCUGCACUGGCUGUGGUCACACGGGCCAGGAUGACGAGUCUCUUACCUUGAGCUUCACCAGCCAUGCCCUCGAUGUACCUUGUGGCUCUUCCAACAUUACACUAAACGGUCUUCAUCUUCCCCAAGAGUGGAACGGUGAUUUCGCAUCUGGCUACGGUUCUUACCCGGGUGUCACCAAUCUCCAGCAGAAUGCAUGGUUCCUGCAGCACGACUUGGACCUCGAAUGGGAGUCGGCUUGUCUUCACGGAUACGAAGACUUGGACGAAGCUGCACAAGUGGUGACAGUGAACAUCAAAGCCAUUGACGGCAAACCUACUACAACACCAUCUGGUUUUACAAUCUCUUUCAAACAGCACACUUCACCUCCCUCUUUGCUCAGGCUUGAACCGGUUCCCAACCCGUCUGCCAGCAACAGAGAAGUUGCCGAGUCCUGGCGUGAACCUCCACAGUCUCUCCGUCUGUCUUUACCGAAUACCAUUACAGAGGUGAACGAGGUUGAACUCCAAUCCUUGGAGAAUCAGAUUCGCGAGCUCAAAGCCCUUGAAGCCGAACUUGCGCAACUUCAAGCCCUUGUCACUGAGAAGAAGAGGCUUUUGAACUCGCAACUGAGGAAACAGGUUAAGACGUUUACCGAAGAACUCAACCAGUGUGACAACUUCACUUGUAUUGUCAAGACCAUUGCUCACGAAGCCCACGGCGCGUGGAGAGUUGCCUACAUUCAUUUCCAAACCGGCAAUCGCCACUCACCAGGCAUGGGUCGCCCGGAGGAAGUCUUUGCUCACGCGCAUGACCACGCAACACAAAUGUCUGGUGGUCGGUUGCAGGUCGAGCCAGCAACACCCAUUCAAGCGUCCACGGUGGCUUUUCCGUCUUCAAAUCCAGCAGAAACCAGGGCGCCCAAUGUGCGAUUUGGCUGCUCUGGAGACGGCUCUUCUUGCCCUGCCGUAGCUCCAGAGGAACUUCCACCCCGUCCCCCAAGACCGUCACCCUGCCUACUUGCCUUGGAAAUUACCCUCGGUCUUCUCUGUUGUGGCUGUCUUAUGGCAAUAAUCCGACACAAGUGCGCCAGCCUACGAACCCGCACCGAGCGCGCUGCCGCCCGAGAAGAGCGUUUGAAUGCGCAAGCCUACCGUCGUGCCGCCCGCCAACAUGUAUGGCGCAACUGGUGGCGUGGAAACUGGGCCUCUCGCCGCAAGGAUUCUGAACGCAUCGUCGACUAUGAAGAGAAGCGUGCACUGAUCCAAGAACAAGAAGGGGUGCUCGAGGAGGCCAUGCAAGACGAGAUUAGGCAAUUGAGAGUAGCCCAUGAGAUUGUCAAUGAUCUUGUCAGAGAUGCCGAAGAAGGCAGAAUAGUCAAUCACGCGCCAUGCCACUGUCACCGCCAACCACCCCGCGCACCCUAUUCGCCGCUAUCCACUGCCUCUACGUAUCCGCCCACUUCCCUCCCGGAAAUCCCAUCUCGGCCACUAUCCCGGACCGACAGCCUACCCAGUUAUCGCUCCGGUGCACCCACCGAGCCGCCAAACUACGACUCUGAAGUCGACAUGUCAGACAUCGUGGCCAAUGGCUUCCGACAGUACACCACGGCCACCAGAUCGACAACCUCGGAAGUCAGCUCGCACUGGACACCAGACAGCAGCAUUGUCGACGUGAGUCCGCGCCCAAGCGCCGACACGCUGAGAUAUCCACAGAGUCUGAGGAGUCUGCGGACUGGUGAUGAGGAUGGGUCGGAUGAGUCGGAUGCCGAUUGA